ACCGACUCCGUCCAUCGGCAAUCAUCUCCGACUACUCUUUCUCUCUCUUGAUAUUUCACACUUGAAGUCUCUCUCUCUGAAGUGCGCUAUAUCACAUCCACCUAACUUAAUACCUACCGUUCACUAAUCCGGGUAAGAUCCGAGAUCCUUCUUCACUAGAUCGAUCGAUCAUUCAACUUCGAUAAUUCCUCCUCAACGAAUGCGACAAUGGAGGAGGCGCUUGAGAUGACUAGGGCUAAGGACACCAAGGAGAGGAUGGCUGGCGUAGAACGUCUACACGAAGUUCUAGAAGCUACUAGGAAGACUCUUUCCUCAUCCGAAGUCACUUCUCUAGUAGAUUGCUGUUUGGAUCUCGUCAAGGACAACAACUUUAGGGUUUCUCAGGGUGCUUUACAGUCUCUUGCUUCUGCUGCUGUUCUUUCGGGAGAGCAUUUUAAGCUUCAUUUCAAUGCUUUAGUUCCUGCUGUUGUUGAGAGGUUAGGUGAUGCCAAACAACCUGUUCGUGAUGCUGCUAGACGAUUAUUGCUCACUCUAAUGGAGGUCUCUUCACCAACAAUAAUUGUCGAGCGUGCGGGAUCGUAUGCUUGGACUCAUAAAAGCUGGAGAGUUCGAGAAGAAUUUGCCCGUACAGCCACAUCUGCAAUUGGUCUUUUUGCAUCGACUGAACUUCCACUUCAGCGUGCUAUACUUCCUCAUAUUUUGCAGAUGUUGAAUGAUCCAAAUCAUGCUGUAAGAGAAGCCGCUAUAUCAUGCAUUGAGGACAUGUACUCACAUGGGGGGCUUCAGUUUCGUGAUGAACUUCAACGUCACCAUCUCCCUUCAUCAAUGUUGACGGAAAUUUAUGCUAGGCUAGAGAGAAUUGAACCUAAAAAUCACUCUUCAGAUGGAGUCACAAGAAACUAUAAUAUUGUGGAUGCUAAGCCUGCCAGUCUUAAUCCCAAAAGGAGCAGCCCAAAGGCAAAAAACUCAACAAGAGGGGAGGGCUCACUGUUUGGAGGAGAUGGUGACAUUACAGAAAAACCAAUUGAUCCAAUUAAAGUUUACUCUGAUAAGGAAUUGAUCAGAGAGUUUGAGAUCAUUGCUUCGACUCUCGUGCCAGAUAAAGAUUGGUCUAUACGAAUUGCUGCCAUGCAGAGAGUUGAAGCUCUUGUGAUAGGAGGUGCUGCUGAUUAUCCAAGUUUUCGUAUGGUUUUGAAACAGCUUGUUGGCCCGUUAAGCACACAAUUGUCUGAUCGGAGAUCUACCAUAGUCAAGCAGGGUUGCCGCUUACUGUGUUUUUUAUCUAAAGAACUGUUGGGAGAUUUUGAAGGAUGUGCUGAAAUUUUCAUUCCAGUCCUUUUCAAGCUUGUUGUCAUAACUGUACUUGUAAUAGCAGAAUCAUCUGAUAAUUGUAUCAAGACGAUGAUACGUAAUUGUAAAGUAUCUCGAAUUCUUCCUCGAAUAGCUGAUUCUGCAAAGAAUGACCGAAAUGCUGUACUUCGUGCCAGGUGUUGUGAAUAUGCAUUAUUGGUUCUAGAACAUUGGCCUGAUGCACCUGAAAUACAACGAGCAGCUGAUCUCUAUGAAGAUCUCAUAAAGUGUUGUGUUGGAGAUGCAAUGAGUGAGGUACGGGCAACUGCAAGAACUUGCUAUAGGUUGUUUGCAAAGACCUGGCCGGAGCGCUCCCGCAAACUUUUUUCAUCAUUUGAUCCAGUUAUUCAGAGGGUAAUAAAUGAUGAAGAUGGAGGCAUCCAUAGGAGACAUGCUUCUCCUUCUAUUCGUGAAAGAGGGGCACAAGUUUCCUUUUCACAUCAAACAUCAGCGCCUACAAAUCCUCCUGGUUAUGGGACUUCAGCUAUUGUUGCUAUGGACAGAAGUUCAGGUUUGCCAUCAAGUACUUCUGUCUCCUCUGGUCUACUUCUAUCACAGGCAAAAUCAACCAGUAAAGGUUCAGAGCGCAGUUUGGAAAGUGUUCUGCAGGCAAGUAAGCAGAAGGUUUCAGCUAUUGAAAGUCUUCUUAGAGGGUUGGAUGCAUCUGACAAACAUAAUCCAUCCCUCCGAUCAUCUAGUUUAGACCUAGGAGUUGACCCCCCAUCAUCUCGUGAUCCACCAUUUCCCCUUGCUGUUCCUGCUUCAAAUAGUCUCACAAGCGCCUUGUCGCUUGAUUCUACUGCCACUGGUAUAUCUAAGCCCCGCAAUCGGAAUGGAGGUCUGGGUUUGUCUGAUAUCAUCACUCAGAUUCAAGCAUCUAAGGAUGCAAGUAAACUGUCAUACCGUGGUAUUGUUGGAUCUGAAUCAUUAUCAUCCCUGUCAUCUUACUCAGCCAAGAGAGCUUCUGAGAAGCUACAUGAGAGAGAUUCUAGUGAAGACUAUGCUGAUGUUAGGGAGACCAGACGAUUGAUGAAUCUGCAUGUGGAUCAACCAUACUUGGAUAAUGCACCUUAUAAGGAUGCAAACUUUAGGGAGUCUCAUCAUAAUUACGUUCCCAACUUUCAGAGGCCGCUUCUAAGGAAGAAUGUUGCUGGACGAACGCCAGCAAGCCGGAGGAGAAGUUUUGAUGAUAGCCAGUUGUCAUUAGGGGAAGUGUCAAGCUAUACAGAUGGUCCAGCUUCUCUUAGCGAUGCUUUGAGUGAAGGACUCAGUCCAAGUUCAGACUGGAAUGCAAGGGUUGCUGCAUUUAAUUAUCUUCAUGCUUUAUUGCAGCAAGGUCCAAGAGGUGUUCAAGAAGUUAUGCAGAACUUUGAGAAAGUAAUGAAGUUGUUCUUCCAGCACUUAGAUGACCCACACCAUAAAGUUGCCCAGGCGGCUCUCUCUACACUUGCAGAUAUUAUUCCAGCUUGUAGAAGACCUUUUGAAAGCUACGUGGAGCGAAUUCUACCCCAUGUUUUCUCCCGUUUGAUAGAUCCAAAGGAAUUGGUACGACAACCUUGCUCAACAACUUUGGAAAUUGUUGGUAAAACUUAUGGUGUCGAUUCCUUGUUACCAGCUCUGCUUAGAUCACUGGAUGAACAACGAUCACCAAAAGCAAAAUUGGCUGUUAUUGAGUUUGCCAUUGGUUCCUUCAACAAACAUGCUUUGAACUCUGAAGGUUCUGGCAAUACUGGUAUUCUGAAACUGUGGCUAGCUAAAUUGGCACCUUUGGCUCAUGAUAAGAAUACAAAGUUAAAGGAGGCAGCUGUUACAUGUAUUAUAUCAGUUUAUUCCCACUUUGAUUCAGCUGCAGUCUUGAAUUUCAUUCUUAGUUUAUCUGUUGAAGAACAAAAUUCUUUGAGGCGAGCUCUUAAGCAGUAUACUCCUCGUAUAGAGGUGGAUUUGAUGAACUUCUUGCAGAACAAGAAAGAGAGGCAGCGGACCAAGUCAUCUUAUGAUCCGUCUGAUGCUGUUGGAACUUCUUCGGAAGAAGGAUUUGUUGGAGCCUCUAGAAAGAACUUUGGUAAGUAUACCUCUGGUUCCAUGGAUAGUGACAGUGGCAGAAAAUGGAAUUCUACACAAGAUAUCAUCCAAGUUACAGGAUCUGGACACCGAAUUGCAUCUGAUGAAGCUCAGGAACAGCCUUACCAUGGUCUUGGGAGUGGUGUAAACAUUGAGGUCCUGGGUUCUAAGAGCAAAGACCUGAAGUAUAUGGUUAGUAGUGUAGACAACACAAAUAUUGAUACUUCUACUCCCCGUUUGGAUAUUAAUGGGCUAAGGAAUUCUCACCACCAAGGACUCACUUCACGCUCUAGGAUUGAUUAUGAACCUCCGUCUGAACCAGAUCAUCCAAAACUUGCUGCCUUGAAGACCAACACCAAUCCUGACAUGGGUCUAAGCAUUCCUCAAAUUCUCCAUCUGAUAUCUAACGGCAAUGAUGGAAGCCCUAAUAGUAGCAAGCGUGGUGCACUUCAGCAGUUAGUUGAAGCCUCUGUGGCCAAUGAUCAGUCCAUCUGGACCAAGUACUUCAAUCAGAUUUUGACAGUAGUUCUGGAGGAGCUGGAUGAUUCAGAGCCUUUGAUUAGGGAACUCACUCUGUCAUUGAUAAUUGAAAUGCUAAAAAAUCAGAAAAUUGCCAUGGAGGACUCGAUUGAGAUUGUUAUUGAGAAAUUACUCCAUGUUACAAAAGAUAUUGCUCCUAAGGUUGGAAAUGAAGCGGAGCACUGUUUGACCAUUGUCUUGUCUCAGUAUGAUCCAUUUAGAUGUCUAAGCGUCAUUAUACCCCUGUUGGUUACUGAAGAUGAGAAAACCCUUGUGACUUGCAUAAAUUGUUUAACAAAGUUGGUUGGCAGGCUAUCCCAGGAGGAACUGAUGAAUCAGUUGCCAUCAUUUCUGCCUGCACUCUUUGACGCAUUUGGGAAUCAGAGCGCUGAUGUUCGUAAGACGGUUGUUUUCUGUUUGGUGGACAUAUAUAUUAUGCUUGGAAAAGCGUUUCUCCCUUACUUGGAGGGGCUCAACAGCACUCAAUUGAGGUUGGUGACUAUAUAUGCUAACCGGAUCUCACAGGCCAGGUCUGGCACUCAAAUUGAUACGAGCCAAGAUUAAGCGUAGUUUGUGUAGAACCAUAAAGUAUGAAAAGAAAAAUGCAAUAACAAAAAUAUUCAUAUGAUUAGUUGGUUUGAGUGGGGUGGGCAUUUGACUUGAAAUGUGUUGUUUUAGUUUGUAAAGUGUGAAAUACGUACUCAGAGAGUCGGGUGUUUAUUAUUAUUAUUAUUAUUUUAUUUGUGUUGUGUUAUUUUCUUUACAUUCGAUUUUAUCCCUAUUUGGGGAGAGUGAUUUUGCUUGUUGUGAAAUUGUACAAACAAACAUUGUGGCCAUAAUGAAAACAUCACUAUUUGGGGAAA